CCUACAGCACAGGGAAUCGACCAAACUAGUUGCCUGCCCUUAGCUUCUCUACCGACGGGGCUGACAAGGCAACGCGCAACAAAUUAAAGCAGGUCAGCAAGCACAACUCGACUCGACAAAGGAAUUCCGACAGUCGCCUCACAGACAACAGCUGCGGAAUGAGCGCCAAUAAAAUUUUCCUACGCUAUUACCCGCCAGGCUUGGCUUUGAGUUAUCGAUCGGCUAAGGGCGGUGAGAGACUGCGACACUUCGAUUUGCUCGACUUGGAUGCCAAAACCAAUGUGGAGCAAUUGGCGGAUAGAAUUUUGUUUGAGGAGCUGCAGGUGAGGGAGUCAGGAGGAGAUGAGGGCGCCGCCUGUGCUGAGAGUGCUCCAUUAUGCUUGCCCGCCAACUCCAAGGCCUCCAGCUCACAUAACAUGUUCAGCGCACUGAAGCAAGCCAUUGAGAAGCUGCAGGCGAAGCUGCGCGAGCCCAUUAAGAAGAAGUUCUAUCUGCACAAGUGCUACAACUCGCACAUUCUGCCGCUGACCAACGUGUGCUUCGAUCGCAGCGGCGAGCGCUGCUUGACUGGCAGCUACGAUCGCACCUGCCAUGUGAUCAACACCAGCACCGGCCUGGUGCAGCACGUGCUCAACGGGCAUGACAACGUGGUCUUCUCGGUGGCCUUCAACACACCCCGCUGCGACAAGAUCAUUACGGGCUCCUUUGAUGGCACCGCCAAGAUCUGGUCCGCAGCCACUGGCCAGUGCCAGAGCACGUUGUAUGGCCACACAGCCGAGGUGGUGGCUGCCGAAUUCAAUCCUGCGCACGACCAGGACGUGGCGACGGCCUCCAUUGAUGGCAAGGCGCGCAUCUUCGAUGCGGAAACGGCGCAGGAGCUGCAGCAGUUGAGCCACCAUGGCGCCGAGGUGAUUGUGGCGCACUACUCUCGCGACGGCCAGCUGCUGCUGACAGGUUCCUUUGACCACACAGCCGCCAUUUGGGACAUACGCAGCAAGAGCUGCUGUCAUCAGCUGCGUGGACACACUGCGGAGUUGUCAAACUGCGUCUGGAACUUCAGCAGCUCGCUGAUUGCCACCGGCAGCCUGGACCGCACUGCACGCAUCUGGGAUGUGCGCCGCCUGGACCAGGAGCUGCAUUUGGUGUCGACGCACAGCGACGAGGUGCUGGACGUCAGCUUCGAUGCGCCCGGCAAGCACUUGGCCACCAGCAGCAGCGACUGCACGGCGCGCGUCUGGAGCUUGGAGCCGUUCGAGAUGCUGUCGCUGAUGGCCGGCCACAGCGAUGAGGUGAACAAGGUGUGCUUCAGUCCCAGUGGCUGCAUGCUGCUCACCGCCUCGGCGGACAACACGGCACGCCUCUGGCUGGCCGAGACGGGCCAGUGCUCUCAGGUGCUGACGGGCCAUGAGUCGGAGGUGUUCAGCUGCGCCUACAGCUAUGCAGGCGACGCCAUAUUGACUGCGUCCAAGGAUAACACUUGCCGCGUUUGGAGGUGAUACGACUGGUACACUGUGCAGUUCAACUCUGAUUAAACAAUGAUAACGGUUUUUUGUUCUUUUCUUUUUAUCAACAUUUACUACAAACUCGGGUUUUUUUUUUCAUGUUCAUUUUUUUCUGUUUUGCUUUAAGUUUCUUAGUAUUUCAUUUCGCACACUUCUUACAAAUUAAUAGUUUUUUUUUCUGUUUUCCAUUACAGGUUUAAUUUUGUUUCUUUACUUAUUUUGUUUUGUGUUUAAAGUGGAUAUCAUCUCUCAUAUACAUAUAUAAAAAUAAUGAACAAAAAUUAUCCUUCAGUAACAAACAUUAUACAGCUUACAAAAGUCCGCUUCAUUUCGG